AUGGACCUACUCUCCGUCGCUAUCAACACUGCCCGUAAAAACGGUCUGCAUAAAAUCGAUAGUUACUCGGACUCGGACAGUAUACUCCCGCCCUUUGAGACUGAAAUGCGUCGUCGAAUUUGGUGGCAGCUGUAUACUCUUGACGUCCGAAACGCAGAGGACAACGGCCUAGACCCCUAUAUACAGGAGCACUGGGCCAACACACUUCCGCGACUUCCACGCAGCAUCAACGACAUAAGUCUCCAUCCAGAAAUGAGAAGAAUACCCCAAUCAAGCCUAGAGAGAACAGAGAUGCUAUUCACACUUGACCGACACGAAAUCAGCACUCUAGUACGCCGGAUACUAUUCUCUGACGAAUUUUGUCAACAAAAUUUCUACCCUAUCCUAUCUGUUGCGGAGAAAUGUGACGAAAUCGAGAGAUUCCGAACAAAAAUAGAGGACCAGAUCUUGUCGCUCUGCAAUCUAGACAUCCCAAUAGAUUAUAUCACGGCAACGUCUAGUCGACUAGUUUUCGCGAAGCUCAAGCUGAGCGUGACGAAGCCGACGACAAGAGAAAAUCAACAUGUAAUUACCCAAGAAAGCUUUCGACGCACCUGCGUUGAUAUUUUGAAGAGUACGCGGGAGCUUCGUCUUUACGAGAAUGGAAAGCAAUGGCUUUGGCUGUUUCAGACGUAUUUGGAAUGGGACGCGUUGGCAUAUCUCUUUAUCAAUUUAUCUCUGGUUCCAUCAGGUGAUACGGUUAACUGUGCAUGGAUAGCAGCGGAAGAUAUCUACCAAUACUGGAAAGGUCAUGGUGAGGUCGUCCUUGAUAAUAGGUGGAGACAGAUUGAGAAUUUGCGGUCGCAGGCUUUGUUAGGGAAGCAGAUGUAUCAAGAAAACCCAGCUUCAUUUCCACCUUGGCCUAGGUCUAGCUGCGAAGAAAGACCGGACACCGUCCAGCCAAAUGAACAGGGCUUGCCUAGUACUGUACUAGUUUCAAACAUACUGGAGCCAAAUCCUAAUGCUGACGCCUUGGAUGUCCCAGUACCAACGACAGGAACAGAGUGUCAGUGGAGUACCGCGCUUUUCGAUCGUUAUUUCCAAGUCCUAGACAUGGAUCAUAACAUGGAACUAUCAUGGCUUUGA